UGCAGACUACCCAGAGUUCUUAAUUUUUUCUUCUGUUGUGUGAUUAUUUUUAUAGUGGUUUCCUUAAUUUCAAUAAAAAGUUUAAUAUGCGAUUAUUGAAUAAUAUUGUUUGGGUAACUUGGUUGUGAAUGUGAAGAUAAGUUGAUAAGUAGCCCAGUAGGGAUUUAUGGAACCAACUUUGCAGUCACAAUACCGACAGAGUUUUUGUUAAUCUAUUAUGUCUGGAAUCAGUUCAGAAGACUAUCAAAGUGAAGAUGGAGAAUUGAGGCAAAGUCCAUCCACGCAUUCUGUAGCAAAAUUGCAGCAAAUGGAUUAUCAAAGUGGAGAAGAUGACGCAGGGGACUCACUUGAUAUCAAGCCACCACAAGCCAAAGUAUCAGACUAUAGACGAAAGAAAAGAGACUUAAAUAAGCCGCAUCAUAGACUUCCAGAUAGGAGUGAAAGGAAGCGGGACAGCAGACAUGGGCAUAAGGAGAAACAUCGUAGGGAUAAGUCUUCCAGAUACCAAACCAAAGACAGCGAACCCAAAGAACGCGAUCGGGAUCGCUACCAUAGAGAAAAACACCAGUCAUAUGAACAAAUGGGAUAUACAGAGCAACAGUAUCUAAAUGAAAGAGCUUUUCGCGAAAGAAAAGCUGAGGAAGCCAGAGCCAGGCAGGAGAGAAAGUUUAAAGAAGGCAACUCUACGAGUGACAGAAGUCAAAAUAGAGAUUCUCGUGGUGAAAAAAACAGAAAAGAAAGGCAGAAUGAUGAUAAAAGAGCCAGCAAGGCUUUGGCUGAUCUUAGGGAGAGAAUAACUUCUGAAUUAAGGUUAAUCGAAAAGCGUAAAAUCGACGAGAUUCGUACACAUGAUAUGGGGAGAACAAGGGAACGCGAAUUUGAAGAAGUUGAUGAUAAUCUUGAGGAUCCAUUGGAAGGAGAAGCUGGUAGUUAUGUUAGAGAAAUAAUUACCUUGACUGCUGAAGAGAGGAACUAUAGAAAAGAAAAAGAAGUAGAAAGGCAUCACACAGAAGAAGAAAAAUUGGAACGAGAGCAAAGGAGAGAAAAAUUGUUGGAAGCUGAACGAGAAAUGGCCCGUUUGAAAGAAAGGACCAAAGCAGAACGUGAAAAAAGACACACAGAGAGGGCCAUGAAAAGAAAACAAGAAGCAGAAGAAGACUGUCACAAAAAAAUCAAGGUGCACGAAACUCAACAGGUUGUUGAAGUUUCUGAUACAUCCGACCAGGAACCAGAAGGCGACGAGAUUUCAGAAAAAAGCGAAAGUGAACAUGAAACUGGUGCAUCUGGCCGAAGUCGAAGCCGCAGCUACAGUAGAAGUCUGAGCAAAUCAAGUUUUACUAGGAGCAGAAGUCGUAGCUAUUCCCAUGAAGAUAGUUCUAAUCGAGGCUCUAAUUCAGAUAAAAGUAACCGUUCCAGAACAAACUCUAGAAGCAGGAGCCGAAGUAGGAGUCGUAGCAGAAGUCGUAGUAGGAGCAAUUCCAAGAGCUCGGAGAGAUCAGCAUCUAGAUCCAAAUCCAAAUCCCGUAGCCCAGAAGAAGACGAAAUGCUUCGAAAUAAAGAUUUUAAAGGAGAAAAUCUGCCGAAGAUUGAUAAAGAUUUGCCUCCCUAUUACCCAGCUGUACAAGGUUGCAGAUCUGUAGAAGAAUUUCAGUGCUUAAAUCGGAUUGAAGAAGGCACUUAUGGGGUUGUCUAUAGAGCUAAGGAUAAAAGGACUGAUGAAAUAGUUGCUUUGAAAAGAUUGAAAAUGGAAAAAGAAAAAGAAGGUUUUCCGAUUACGUCACUGAGGGAAAUUAAUACUCUGCUAAAAGGUCAGCAUGAUAAUAUAGUGACUGUGAGGGAAAUUGUGGUGGGCAGUAAUAUGGAUAAAAUAUUCAUAGUUAUGGAUUAUGUGGAGCAUGAUUUAAAGUCGCUAAUGGAAACAAUGAGGCAUAAGAAACAAAGUUUCAUGCCUGGAGAAGUUAAGUGUCUUUUGAAACAAUUACUGCAAGCUGUAGCGCAUCUACACGACAAUUGGAUUUUGCAUCGGUAA